AUGGCGGUUCUUUUGACUCCACGGUUCCGUAGCCUUGAUGAUGAGAGCGAACUUCCGGACAUAGGACUAAGCCGGUCCAGUUUCGUGAGCUUUCUGGGUGGCCUCUGUUGUAAAAGGAAGACAGGAGUACAUCUUUGCCAAAUCCUAAUGAAUCAUAAAGUAUUUGAACCAGCAGGAGUGAAGCUAUUAAAAAAUGAGAAGGAUUUGGAAUUUGAAGAUUCAAGCAGCAGUCUUUACCGAUUUCUGAGCUUCAAGCCAUCUCGGGUGUUUUGCAAAAGAAAGAAGGAUGUCAAAACAGAAGAUGGAGUUAUUUCAAAUCCUCUAGCACAAGCAAUUGCAGAAGAAAGAACUGAGGAAUGUAUUCCUGCACUAAGGAGGGACCGAGCUUUAUGUACAGAGAUCGGGAUUAAAACUCCUCUCCUCCAGCUUUCCAGAAAAGGUAACUUCAGCUUUCAAUGUUGGAUAUAUAUUUGGAAACAACAAACAUGGUUCCGUAUUCUUCAACUGAUUCAUCUUCCAUUCUUGGAAAAUAUUUUGGAGCCUCCAGUGAAGCCACAAAAUCUUCAAUUAAACAGAGAAGAAGAUGUUGUUAUACCAAACAUUUGCCUGGAAAGAGAAGUUAUUGAAAAUAUAUGUUUACCUGAAAUUGGUAACUGGCUUAAUGCCGCCAUUGACUGUUUGGACGAUUUCCCUGACCAGUUAGUAACUACAGUUAGCCAGCAUAUACUGCAAACCACAGAGACAAAGUUGAAUACUCAGACGAAGAUACUCUUUGAUGUCAUAGUAAAACACUACAAUCAAGAGAAAGAUUGCCUAUUAACUGAUGAGUAUUUUGAUAUAUAUUCAGGAAUUAUUGAACUCAUAGAGCAUGGGAAAAGAAUAGAAGCUCUGGAAGCAGCACAACUCUACCUAAGAUUGUUGCCACCCACUGUUAAGGAAGAAUUACGCCAGCUGCUGACUUUUAUGGCUAUUGCAUCAGAGCCAAACGCCUACAGAUUACAAAAGCAAUUGCCGGUGUGCAGUGGCUGUGAACAGCAUUCCUUGGUAGUGUAUGCAGCCUGUCACAUGUAUGGGUUGCCCUAA